AUGAAUAAACUCAUUAUCUUCAUGUUUUUGUUACAAGGUGUUUGGUGUGGAGAUUGGAACAUCAGUCUGCCAGAGAAGAUUGAAGCUCUCAGUGGAUCCUGUGUGAUCAUAAACUGCAGAUUUGAUAUUAAUAACACAUAUGACAAAGAUCUCAAUGACAGUGCUGCAGGAGUGUGGAUUAGAAAUGGGACUGAUUUCCUAAAAAAUGCAGUGUUUUACUCCAACAGGACCAAUCACUAUUUUAAAGGGGAAAUAAUUGGAGAAUUAAAACGCAAGAACUGUACCACCAUCUUUUAUAAUGUUACUUCAAAUUACAGUGGUCAUUUUUUCUUCAGGAUUGAGGGUCAUGGUAAACUGAAAUAUAUCUAUACACAAAAAUCUGCUCUAAUAGAUGUGAUCGACUCUCCCCCCAAUCCCACAGUGCAGAUGUUUAAGGAUCAGAUGGAGGUUGAGGUUCAUGAGGAGGUGUUAGAGGGGAGCUCUAUGUGUCUGCGCUGCUCUGCUAAGACUCUCUGCUCCUCUUCUCCACCAACUCUCACAUGGAGCUCCACUGACAGACUCCACCUCAAUGAGAACAGCAGACUACAGCUGGAUCAACAGAAACAAACUGAGAUCAUCUCUGAUCUGAACUUCACUGCUACUCACCUUCAACAUGGAGUCACUUUCAUCUGCACUAUAACCUACCAGAUACAGCAGAGGAACACAACAGCACAGAACAACAUCACAUUACGUGUUCAGUAUGCUCCUAAAAACACAUCAGUGUCUGUGUUUCCAUCUAACUCUGUACUGGAGGGCAGUUCAGUGACUUUGAUCUGCAGCAGUGAUGGAAAUCCAGCAGUGUUCAACUACACCUGGUACAGAGAGAAUGGAGGACAGCUGGAGGAGCUGCAGACUGGAUAUAAUCUCACCUUCAAUGUGACUGAUCGUACACACACAAGACGCUACUACUGUCGAACCCAAAACCAACAUGGUACCCAAAUCACAUCAGUGUUGCUGGACAUUCAGUAUGCAUCCAGAAUCUCUCUCUUCAGCUGUAACAGAACUGAUGUAACUGUGUGUUUGUGUGAGGCUCAUGGGAAUCCCUCUCCUAAAAUGAAGUGGUUUCUAUCUGGACGUCCUGUUAGUGACUCCUCAAACGCAUUCAUCAGUGAGGAGCGAUUGAGCAGCACAAACUUGAGGAGCUUCAUUUCUCUCCAUCAGUCACUUACACACACAGAUACUCUGCAGUGUGUCACCGCCAACACUCACUGCACUGCCUGUGAAAAGAUUCAACUGUUUUCCAGUCCUCAGGAGAUGAUAGACAACAAAACAAGUAUGAAUGAGAGAGUGACUGUACAGAGUAGACACAGCGAGAGAUGA